UGGGCCUCCACACCCAAUUUAGAUUCCCAAUUAUUGAAACCCACAUGCAAGUAUAAAACCACCCUCCCCUCAAGAACACAAACUUGAAGAACCACACAGAAGAGUGUCAUUCUCUUCUCCUUCUCUUUCUCCCAGUUAGGGACGUGGGCGGGAAGAUGAACAGGAAGCCGGGAGACUGGAACUGCAGGUCCUGCCAACACCUCAACUUCAGCCGCCGGGACUCGUGCCAGCGAUGCGGCGACCCGAGGAUGAGCGUGGACAGGUCCGAGUACGCCGCCUUCGGUGGCCGCGGCGGGCCAUCGUUCGGCUUCAGCGGCUCCGACGUCCGCCCAGGUGACUGGUACUGCUCCUGCGGUGCCCACAACUUCGCCAGCCGCUCCAGCUGCUUCAAGUGCGGCGCCUUGAAGGAUGACUCCGCCAUCGGCGGCGGCGGCGGAGGCGGAGGCUGCGGCUUCGACGGCGACGUGCCACGGUCGCGGGCGUUCGGGUUCGGCGGUGGGCGUGCCGGGUGGAAGUCCGGAGACUGGAUCUGCAACAGGUCGGGCUGCAACGAGCACAACUUCGCAAGCAGAAUGGAAUGCUUCCGCUGCAGUGCACCGAGGGAUUCAGGCACUGAAGUCUAAGGAGAAGAUGAAGAAGUGAGCGAUGGAAGAGAGCUUCUGAUACAGCAGUAAUAUCAAGUUAUAAUAACUAGUUUUGUCUGUUCGAUCACUCCCAUGUUGUGUCCCCUUCUCUCAGUUCUCGUUUGCUUUUGAUGUCUGUGACCUCCACCCUACCCUGCACCUCUUCUUAUGUCUCUGGAAAAGGGCUUGUCAGCUUCUUGUAGGGUAGGAUGGUGAUGCUUAAUGGAUUCGGUAAGGAGAAGUCCCUUUCUGUUUGAUUA